GGCAGGGCAGGGCGCGGCGGAGUGGAGCGGGCAGACGGAGCCGGAGCCAUGGGCGUGAAGUGCGACGUGGUGGUGCUGGGGGCCGGCAUCUCAGGUCUGUCAGCAGCCAAAUUGCUGGCUGAGUCUGGGCUGAGUGUCAUUGUGUUGGAAGCCCGGGACAGGGUUGGAGGAAGAACUUUCACUGCAAGGAAUAAGCAAGUUAAAUAUGUGGACCUUGGAGGAGCGUAUGUGGGACCAACACAAAAUCGUGUUCUGCGGUUGUCCAAAGAACUAGGAUUACAGACGUAUAAAGUGAAUGAAGUAGAACAUCUUAUUCACCAUGUCAAGGGUAAAUCUUAUCCAUUUAAGGGUCCAUUCCCGCCUAUGUGGAACCCAUUUGUCUACUUGGAUUAUAACAAUCUGUGGAGGACAAUGGAUGAAAUGGGAAAGGAGAUUCCUAAUGAAGCCCCGUGGAAGGCUCCACAUGCAGAAGAAUGGGACAAAAUGACUAUGCAAGAGUUCAUAGACAAAAUUUGCUGGACUAAUGCUGUCAAGCGGUUCGUGACCUUAUUUGUGAAUGUGGAUGUCACCUCUGAGCCCCAUGAGGUCUCUGCUCUUUGGUUCCUGUGGUAUGUGAAGCAGUGUGGGGGUACAGGCAGGAUAUUCUCCACAACCAAUGGUGGCCAGGAGAGAAAGUUUGUUGGAGGCUCUGGUCAGAUUAGCGAGAAGAUAACGGAACUCUUGGGGAACCGAGUAAAGCUAGAGAGCCCAGUAAUCCGCAUUGAUCAGUCAGGUGAAAAUGUCAUAGUGGAAACCUUAAACCAUGAGAUUUAUGAGGGUAAAUAUGUUAUUAGUGCCAUCCCCCCAGUUCUUGGCUUGAAGAUUCAUUUCGAUCCACCAUUACCACCAAUGAGAAACCAAUUGAUUAACCGAGUUCCUAUGGGUGCAGUCAUCAAGGCCAUUGUGUACUACAAAGACACUUUCUGGAGGAAAAAGGGCUACUGUGGUACCAUGAUCAUUGAAGAUGAAGAUGCUGCAAUUGGUCUGACACUUGACGAUACCAAACCUGAUGGCAGUGUUCCUGCUAUAAUAGGUUUUAUUCUUGCUCGGAAGUGUAGAAGACUGACACACCUUACAAAGGAAGAAAGGAAGAAGAGGCUGUGUGAGCUCUAUGCAAAAGUUUUGGGAUCAGAAGAAGCCUUACAUCCAGUGCAUUAUGAAGAGAAGAACUGGUGUGAGGAGCAGUAUUCUGGGGGGUGCUACACUGCAUAUUUCCCACCAGGGAUAAUGACUCAGUAUGGAAGGAUCCUUCGCCAGCCAGUUGGCAGGAUCUACUUUGCUGGCACGGAGACAGCUACAGAGUGGAGUGGAUACAUGGAGGGGGCUGUGCAGGCUGGAGAGAGAGCAGCUAGAGAGAUACUGUGUUCUAUGGGAAAAAUCUCAGAAGGUGAAAUUUGGAAGUCAGAACCAGAAUCAAUUGAUGUCCCAGCCCUGCCAAUCACUACUACCUUUUGGGAGAGAAACUUGCCGUCUAUACCAGGACUGCUGAGGCUGGUUGGAUUAUCUACAUUCUUCACAUCAGUGGCUGCUCUUGGGCUGUUCACGUACAAGAAGGGGCUUCUAGUUCGAAACUGAGGGAGGUGCCAGCUGAAUGUUGCACUUCUGCUGUUUGUCUCUUUCCAAAGUUGUUCCUGAAAUAUACUUAAUUGGGCGCGUCUACGUGUGCAUUUAAGCACAACUAAAUUUAAUGUGCAUUACGGGCUCCUAUACACAUGUGGGGAACCUGUUCU